GGCAAAGGAGAUACUGACUGAUACACAGAUUAGGGAUUUUGUCUGAAAGAAUUGGGGGAAAAUGGAGAAGGGAACCCAAGGGACCAUAGUUCUGAGAAGAAACGCAAAUGGAGAGUCAGAAGAAGAAGAAGAACAAGUGGCGGACCUGAGUGGUCGGGUGCACCUGCUCCCUUGCUCCAUCAAAUACUCUGGCCCGUCCUCUGUUUCCCAUUACUUCAAACCCAAACCCACCGGAAUUGAGUCUGAGGGUUUAAAGACGCAGGAAGCUAAUUUCAGAGGAAGGAAGUUGCAAGGAGCCUCCAUUCCCAUCCCAAAUGGUUAUUCUGGAUUUGUUCUAGGGAAGAAGAGUCUUGGCAAGAGAAAAGCCAAUACUUCUGAAGAGAACUCAAACUGUUGGGAGAUGAAUGCUAAAUAUAAAAGCAUCACAUAUUGGAAUCAUGACAACCUCACUUCACAGGAUGAUGCAUUCUUACGUUGUUUUCACUGGCUUGCUGUAGCAAAAUCUAUGCACGAACCAGCAACAGCGGAAGAUUUGGUUUCUGCAUCAGCUGCUUUGGAAAAGAUGAAGUGAUUAAGAAAUGUAGGAAGCAUUGUAUCCCUUCCUCCACCUCUUCAUUGUGCUGGGUCGAAUCAGCAUUUCUGUAUUAUGAACUCUUGUAACAUUGAUAUUUGAUAUAUUGUAUUGGCAGUAGAAUUUAAUUUAA